AUGGUUUCAAAAUUUAAUUUCCUUCUCAUUUUAGUUUUGUUUUCAACUUUUCACUUGACUUUUGAAUUAAAUAUUCUUAAGCCUAAUUAUAAAAAAAGAAACAUAUUAGUAAACAAAUUGAAUAUGAAUGUCAUUAAACCACAAAGUCUUGAUUUAAAGUUGAGGGAAGCUGAGAGUAAAAAAAUUCAAAUAACUAUUAGUCAAGAUGGUAAUUCUAAUUUCACGACCAUUACAGAAGCUCUUAGUAGCAUUCAACUACAAAACACUAGGAGAGUUAUUUUGUUGAUUGGACCAGGGGUUUAUAGGGAGAAAAUUGUGAUCCCCAAAACAUUACCUUUCAUAACUUUUUUGGGGGAUGCAACGAAUCUUUCAGUUAUUUCUUGGAAUGAUUCAAGUUCUACCAUUGGAAGUGAUGGACAUCCAUUGGGGACGUUCAAUACCCCAACGGUUGCGGUGAAUGCUGACUAUUUUAUCGCCAUCAACAUUACAUUUGAGAACAGUGCUUCAUAUUUUGGAAAGAAAGUAGAACAAGCUGUUGCUCUUCGCAUCUCUGGAAACAAAGCUGCAUUUUACGGAUGUUCAUUUUUUGGAGUUCAAGACACCUUAUAUGAUCACAAAGGUCUUCACUUUUUCAAAAAUUGCUUCAUAGAAGGCGCUAUUGAUUUUAUCUUUGGUUUUGGAAGGUCCUUAUAUGAGGAAUGCACUAUCAAUUCAAUUGCUACGAAUAUAGGCUAUAUUACUGCUCAAAAACGAUCGAGUUCAUCAUUAGAUACUGGAUUUUCUUUUAAAAAAUGUGAGGUAAAAGGUAGUGGACAUAUUUAUCUUGGCAGACCAUGGGGAGAAUAUUCAAGAGUCAUUUACUCUUACACCAAUAUGAAAGAGAUUGUUCUUCCUAAAGGAUGGGAAGAUACUAUGAAUGGAACACACUAUCCCAACACAAUAUACUAUGGUGAAUAUAAAUGUAGUGGACCUGGAUCUAAUUUUUCUGGAAGAGCUCCGUGGGCACGAAACCUAACCGAUGAAGAGGCUCAACCAUUUAUCGAAAUUCAUUUUAUUGAAGGAGAAACUUGGCUUAUCAACCCUAAUUAA